AUGGCUAGGAGAUAUGAUAGUAGAACAACAACAUUCUCUCCUGAAGGAAGAUUAUAUCAAGUAGAAUAUGCACUUGAAGCUAUAAACAAUGCAAGUAUAACUAUAGGGAUAAUAACUAAUGAUGGUGUAAUAUUAGGUGCUGAUAAAGUCUUUAUAUCAAAGUUAAUAAAUAAAGCUAAUAAUUUUGAAAAAAUUUACAAAAUUGAUGAUCAUAUAUUUUGUGGAGUAGCAGGAUUAAAUGCUGAUGCAAAUAUAUUAAUAAAUCAAUCACGAUUAUAUGCACAAAGAUAUUUAUAUAAUUACAAUGAUGUUGAGCCAGUAGCACAAUUAGUAGUUCAAAUAUGUGACAUUAAACAAAGUUAUACCCAAUAUGGUGGAUUAAGACCAUAUGGUGUUAGCUUUUUAAUUGCUGGAUAUGAUACAAAAGAAGGUUAUCAACUUUAUCAUACCGAUCCUAGUGGAAAUUAUUCUGGAUGGUUUGCUACAGCUAUUGGUACAAAUAAUUUGACAGCUAGCUCUAUUCUUAAACAGGAAUGGAAAAAAGAUAUGACCCUGCAAGAAGGUUUAUUGCUAGCUAUAAAAACGCUAGCUAAGAGCACAGAUAGUGAAGUCCCAAAAUCUGAAAAAAUUGAAUUAGCAUAUUUGUCAAAUCAAGACGGAAAAGUUAUCCAAAAAUAUUUAACCGAAAAAGAAAUAGCAGAAUUAAUUAAAAUAUAUACACAACAAAAUGUUAAAAAAUAA